CGCCGCCUCACCUGCAGCCCGGGAGGGGGCGGGCAUUGUUCGGCCGCCGCCGCCGCCACCGCUGCGCUGGGACAUGGGGGCCGCCCGGCGCCUGGGGCCGGGCCUGGAGAGGUCGCCGAGCCGCCGCUGAGGCGGGCCCUGCGCGCAGCCGGGCGGUGCAGGUGAGGCCGGCCGCGCCAUGGUGGACCCUGUGGGCUUCGCUGAGGCGUGGAAGGCGCAGUUCCCGGACUCGGAGCCGCCGCGCAUGGAGCUGCGCUCGGUGGGCGACAUCGAGCAGGAACUGGAGCGCUGCAAGGCCUCCAUCCGGCGCCUGGAGCAGGAGGUGAACCAGGAGCGCUUCCGCAUGAUCUACCUGCAGACGCUGCUGGCCAAGGAGAAGAAGAGCUACGACCGGCAGCGCUGGGGCUUCCGACGCGCGGCGCAACCCCCCGACGGCGCCGCCGAGCCCCGCGCGUCCGCACAGCGCCCGCCGCCCGCGCCCGCCGACGGCGCCGACCCGCCGCCCGCCGAGGAGCCCGAGGCCCGACCCGACGGAGAGGGCUCCCCGAGCAAGGCCAGGCCCGGGGCCGCCCGCAGGCCCGGAGCCGCCUCGGCCGCGGACCGGGAAGACCGCGGGCCCCCCACCAGCGUGGCGGCCCUCAGGUCCAACUUUGAGAGGAUCCGCAAGGGCCACGGCCAGCCCGGAGCCGCGGACACCGAGAAGCCCUUCUACGUAAACGUCGAGUUUCACCAUGAGCGCGGUCUGGUGAAGGUCAACGACAAAGAAGUGUCCGACCGGAUCAGCUCCCUGGGCAGCCAAGCGAUGCAGAUGGAGCGUAAGAAGUCCCAGCACGGCACCGGGCCGAGCCUGGGGGACGCACCCAGGUCCUCUAACCGGGGCCGUACCUCGGAGAGCAGCUGCGGCCUCGACGGCGACUACGAGGACGCGGAGCUGAACCCCCGCUUCCUGAAGGACAACCUGAUCAAUGCCAACGGCGGCAGCAGACCCCCUUGGCCGCCCCUGGAGUACCAGCCCUACCAGAGCAUCUACGUUGGGGGUAUGAUGAUGGAAGGGGAGGGCAAGGGCCCGCUCCUGCGUAGCCAGAGCACCUCGGAGCAGGAGAAGCGCCUUACCUGGCCCCGCAGGUCCUACUCCCCUCGGAGCUUUGAGGACAGCGGAGGGGGCUACACGCCAGAUUGCAGCUCCAACGAGAACCUCACCUCCAGUGAGGAGGACUUCUCCUCCGGCCAGUCCAGCCGCGUGUCCCCCAGCCCCACCACCUACCGCAUGUUUCGAGACAAGAGCCGGUCACCCUCACAGAACUCACAGCAAUCCUUUGACAGCAGCAGCCCCCCGACGCCUCAGUGCCAGAAGCGGCACCGGCAGGGCCAGGUCAUCGUGUCGGAGGCCACCAUCGUGGGCGUCCGCAAGACCGGGCAGAUCUGGCCCAGCGAUGGGGACAGCUUGUCCGGCAGGCUGCCUCAGGAUGGCACCUUCCAUGGAGACGCAGAUACAUCGUUUGGAACGCCACCUGGCUAUAGUUGUGCUGCAGACCGGGCUGAGGAGCAGCGCCGGCACCAAGAUGGGCUGCCCUACAUCGAUGACUCACCCUCUUCCUCACCCCACCUUGGCAGCAAGGGCAGGGGCAGCCGGGAUGCACUGGCCUCAGGAGCCCUGGAGUCUACCAAAGCGAAUGAGCUGGACUUGGAAAAGGGCUUGGAGAUGAGGAAGUGGGUGCUGUCUGGAAUCCUGGCUAGCGAGGAGACUUACCUGAGCCACCUGGAGGCACUGCUGCUGCCCAUGAAGCCUUUGAAGGCUGCUGCCACCACCUCUCAGCCAGUGCUGACAAGCCAGCAGAUUGAGACCAUCUUCUUCAAAGUGCCUGAGCUCUAUGAGAUCCACAAGGAGUUCUAUGACGGGCUCUUCCCCCGAGUACAGCAGUGGAGCCACCAGCAGCGAGUGGGUGACCUCUUCCAGAAACUGGCCAGCCAGCUGGGUGUGUACCGGGCCUUUGUAGAUAACUACGGAGUUGCCAUGGAAACGGCUGAGAAGUGCUGUCAGGCCAACGCUCAGUUUGCAGAAAUCUCUGAGAACCUGAGAGCCAGAAGCAACAAGGAUGCCAAGGAUCAGACGACCAAGAACUCUUUGGAAACCCUGCUCUACAAGCCUGUGGACCGGGUGACGCGCAGCACGCUGGUUCUGCAUGACUUGCUGAAGCACACGCCCUCCAGCCACCCAGACCACCCUCUGCUGCAGGAUGCCCUACGUAUCUCACAGAACUUCUUGUCCAGCAUCAACGAGGAGAUCACGCCCCGCCGCCAGUCCAUGACUGUGAAGAAGGGAGAGCACCGGCAGCUGCUGAAGGACAGCUUCAUGGUGGAGCUGGUGGAGGGGGCCCGCAAGCUGCGCCACGUCUUCCUGUUCACCGACCUGCUCCUCUGCACCAAGCUGAAGAAGCAGAGUGGAGGCAAAACCCAGCAGUAUGACUGCAAAUGGUACAUCCCGCUCACGGAUCUCAGCUUCCAGACAGUGGAUGAGUCGGAGGCGGCUCCCAACAUCCCCCUGGUGCUGGACGAGGAGUUGGAUGCCAUGAAGAUCAAGAUAUCCCAGAUCAAGAAUGAUAUCCAGAGAGAGAAGAGAGCAAACAAGGGCAGCAAGGCCAUCGAGAGGCUGAAGAAGAAGCUUUCAGAGCAAGAGUCACUGCUCCUGCUUAUGUCCCCCAGCAUGGCCUUCAGGGUGCACAACCGCAAUGGCAAGAGUUACACAUUCCUCAUCUCAUCUGACUAUGAGCGUGCUGAGUGGAGAGAGAACAUCCGGGAGCAGCAGAAGAAGUGUUUCAAAAGCUUCUCCCUAACAUCCGUGGAGCUGCAGAUGUUGACCAAUUCGUGUGUCAAACUUCAGACCGUCCACAGCAUUCCACUGACCAUCAACAAAGAAGAUGAUGAAUCUCCGGGGCUCUAUGGAUUUCUCAAUGUCAUCGUCCACUCCGCCAGCGGCUUUAAGCAGAGUUCAAAUCUGUACUGUACCCUGGAGGUUGAUUCCUUCGGUUAUUUUGUGAAUAAAGCCAAGACUCGCGUUUACAGAGACACAGCUGAGCCCAACUGGAAUGAGGAGUUUGAGAUCGAGCUGGAAGGCUCCCAGACCUUGAGGAUUCUCUGCUAUGAAAAGUGUUACAACAAAACAAAGAUCACCAAGGAGGACGGCGAGAGCACAGACAGGAUCAUGGGGAAGGGCCAAGUCCAGCUGGACCCCCAGGCCCUGCAGGACAGAGACUGGCAGCGGAUUGUCAUCGCCAUGAACGGGAUUGAAGUGAAACUCUCCAUCAAGUUCACCAGCAGGGAGUUCAGCUUGAAGAGAAUGCCUUCCCGAAAACAGACAGGUGUCUUCGGAGUCAAGAUUGCCGUGGUCACCAAGAGAGAGAGGUCCAAGGUGCCCUACAUCGUGCGCCAGUGCGUGGAGGAGAUCGAGCGGCGGGGCAUGGAGGAAGUAGGCAUCUACCGUGUGUCUGGAGUGGCCACAGACAUCCAGGCGCUGAAGGCGGCCUUUGACGUCAAUAACAAGGAUGUGUCCGUGAUGAUGAGUGAGAUGGACGUGAACGCCAUUGCCGGAACGCUGAAGCUGUACUUCCGUGAGUUGCCGGAGCCCCUCUUCACCGACGAGUUCUACCCCAACUUCGCCGAAGGCAUCGCUCUUUCAGACCCCGUUGCAAAGGAGAGCUGCAUGCUUAAUUUGCUGCUGUCGCUCCCAGAGGCCAACCUCCUGACCUUCCUCUUCCUUCUGGACCACCUGAAAAGGGUGGCAGAGAAGGAGACGGUGAACAAGAUGUCCCUGCACAACCUUGCCACAGUCUUCGGCCCCACGCUGCUCCGGCCAUCAGAGAAGGAGAGCAAGCUCCCUGCCAACCCCAGCCAGCCCAUAUCCAUGACCGACAGCUGGUCCCUGGAAGUCAUGUCCCAGGUCCAGGUGCUGCUGUACUUCCUGCAGCUGGAGGCCAUCCCUGCCCCAGACAGCAAGAGACAGAGCAUCCUAUUCUCCACUGAAGUCUAAAGGGUCAAUUCCAUCUCUGAGAGGCCAGCAGAACGGCCUGGAAACCUCCUGGAAAAACGGGCUAUCCACAGAGUGGGAACCGAAUCUUCUUGAGGAGUAAUUAGGCCACCCCGCCCCCAAGGGCUGGACUACCCUUGUCUAGGGACUGCCUAGAGACAACUACCCAAGGCAAAAGGCUAAGUGGCCUGGGCAGUUCUGGACCCCGCCCCCCCGGCCCUUGGGCCUGUGAGCUUGCAAGGAGCCUCAGACUGUGGUUUUCCAUGCUGCCACCAGAGGGUGCCCCAAGCCAGCAUGCCUCAGCGCGCAGCAGGCCUGGCCGUGGGACCAGGUGAAGGGAGUGGUUUCUACGAACUUACCAGAGUUUAAGAGAUUUCUACUGGAACGCUUGUCAAGAUGCACCCUCUCCAGGGAGAAGGGAACGUGACCAGAUUCCCUCACUAUCGUGUCUUGAAUAAACACCGAUGCUGCUUCAUACCGUGGGGGCCACAGCCCUGUCCCUGUGUGGGUGGGGGCUUUUCAGUUUCCCUGACUUAGAAAUUUAACUCUGUUUGUGUAACAGAGUUUGAAAAGCUAAGUCAACACUGUGUAGCGUUUGACCCCUUUCGCCUCCUUCCUUCUCCUUCUUUCUAGAAGGAACUCUGUCCAGAAAUGGGUCUUCCUAUUCUGUCCUGUUGCGUUGUUUUUGCUGUUCAUGUGCCCCUCAGAAGGCAGCUCCCCGUGGGGCCUUGUAACGCCUGUCUGUCUGUCCAGGACCGACACCAGGGGGAGGGAGGCCCAGGCUGCGCACUUUAUGGCUUCUUCUCCAGGUAUAGUGACCCUGUCCACUGCCUGUUGGGCACAAGCUCUCCUCUUUGGCUUAAAAAGGCCUCAGUCUUUCUGGCUUCCUCCAGCCUGUCGCCCCCUCUGCCCACACCCUCCCUCCCCCUGAUCAUCCCCCGACAUCAGUCACUUCAUUCUCUUGCUCUCUGCUGAACAAACUCAGUAAACUUUUGUAAAAGUUUCCUCUCGGCAGCAACAGCUUGCUGACAGCUCGUUUUAAACUUUGAUCCGAAUAGCCUUUUGAUACUUGAAUAUUUUUAAGUUUUCUACAUAGUUUCUAAUUUUUUUCCUAACAGAUUCAGAUAACUAAUACGAUAUUAGAAUGUACUCCAUGGACAAUUCGUGUCCCAGCGGCAUUUUGUCUUCCUCUACACGCCAACUCUGUUUUUGUCAGGGGCCGGUUCUGAAGUCUCCUGAGCAUCAGGAAUGUGGGGGGAGGGGUUGGUUAGGAGCAGGGGGCUGUUCCACUGGCCAGUCUCAGGGUGGGGCGCUCCUGUCCCGGAGCAGGUAGAAGGACAGGGACUGGCAGCUACCUCCCCUCCCUGCUCUCCAGAUACCGGUACAGAAGCCAGGACAUUCCUGGUAACCCUCCUGGCCAUCCAGCUUGUAGAAAAGAGAACGAGGGAGGCCGCUAAGUCUUUUGAAGAAAUAGAUCUAUAAACAAUUGCAUCUUUUUUUUUUUUUUUUUUUUUAAAGAGAGGGGUUAGGGCAAGGAGAAAAACCUUGAGAAGCCAAGUUUCCAUGCUGGUCUUGCAAGAAAAGAGAAUAUAGUGAAGCAGAGGAGGAAAGCAAUAGUGUGACUCAGGAAAAGGUGUUUGCUUGUCACAUGAUUACACCAGUAACGGUGGCAAUGUCCCAUGAUCCCUCCCAUGUCCUGGGUGGCAGGGGUGGGGGUGGGAGGGCUCGCCUGACACGUCAAUAGGCAGCUCUUGCCCAAACUCGCAGCACAUGGGGGGACAUGUGCUCUCCAGCCUCCCCUCUGCUUGUGGACCUGCACAAGCAGGGGUGGGGGUGGGGAAGGGCAGCAGAAAACAAAGUCUCUUAAAGGUUUUAUGUCCACAUACUAUAUUUAUUUCUUUGUACUUUUUCCUUGUGAGGAGAGCAGACCCACCAUUUUAAAGGAGUGUGGCUCUCCUGGGGGUAGAGGCAGGGAGCAGGGUCCUCUGCCCUCUGCACAUUUCUGGACUCACUGGGUUUCUUAGGCCUCCAGCUCUGGGCCGCCUCUGGCCUGGCUUCCCAGCCCCAUCCAUCUUAGCAUCCCUCCAGCCCUGCAAGGGGAACACACUCUGCUUAGAAAAGCUACACCCAGCACUCGUUUCUGUUCCCCUGGUGUCAUGAUUUGCAUCUGUCGCAUUGAAACUGGAAAGCAAUAUAUCAGUGUCUGUGCCAAUUUUCGUUCCCUCCCCCUACCUCCUCCCCCUUCUUACUUUUUAUUUAUAUAGAAUGUGUGCUGUUUGAUGACAGAAUGACCACUCUUCCUUGUGUAGCUCUAAAAGCGCUCCUUCGCCAGGUCACAGUGGCAGUGGUCACUGGCCACCUCUGUCGCCCUGUCUCACACACGGGCCUGGGGGUUGGUAAAGCGAGCAUAGGGCAAAUAGAGUCCUAAAGCCCAGACAUGACCUUCCACGAGGCACGGCUGCUGGACUCUGCAGCAGACGAGAAGCCUGGAGCAGGGAGCUUGAUCCGGCCCCCGAAUCUGGAGCAGGGAGCUUGGCUGUCUCUGCAGCUGCAUUUCUGCUUUGGGCCCAGCCAUCCCUAUACCACCGUGGGGGAAGGGACUGCUGACACUUUCAUUAAAGUUACCUGAGACUA